AUGUCAGAAUAUAAAAAUAUAUGGGAAAAAUCAUUUAAAUCAGAAAUUGAAGAAGCAAAACGACAUGCAGCUUAUAAAGCAGUAGACGAGUGCUUUUCUGAAGAAAUGAAGGUAAUUGGUAUCGGUAGUGGAACAACAGUUGCAUAUGCCAUUGAACGAAUUGCUCAAAAAGAUGUAAAAGAUAUAAUAUUUAUUCCUACGGGGUUCCAAAGUAGACAGUUAAUUUUAGAUUUUGGGUUGUAUUUAGGAGACGUUGAUGCAUAUUCAACAGUAGAUAUUGUUUUUGAUGGAGCAGAUGAAGUAGACGAAAAUUUAAAUUGUAUUAAAGGAGGAGGUGCUUGCCUUUUCCAAGAAAAAUUAGUAGCAUCGAGUGCUAAAAAGAAAGUUAUUAUUGCGGAUUAUCGUAAAAAAUCACAUAUUUUAGGCGAGAAAUGGCAUCAGGGAGUUCCUGUUGAAGUUAUCCCUGUUGCUUGUUCUAGAGUUAUGAAUAAUCUUAUACGUUUGGGUUCUUCAAAGCCAAGAUUGCGUCUUUCUAGUAGAUAUAAAGCGGGUCCCAUGAUAACAGAUCAUGGGAAUUUUAUUAUUGAUGCACCUUUUGGCAGAAUUAAAGAUCCAGAGAUACUAGAGAAAAACAUAAAAAUGAUAAUUGGUGUGGUUGAAGUAGGUCUUUUUGUAAAUAUAGCAGAUGUUGUUUAUUUUGGAAACGAAGAUAAAACAGUUAUUUCUUAUUAUAAAGGAUACAAAAGCUAAUUAUUUAUAAGCAUACAAUUAUUAAAUUCCUUAUAUAUAUUAAAUAUAUAACAAAUCAAACUUAAAUAGUGGAUUCACAAAAAUGGGAUCGAGAAUAUCCAACUAGAGAGUAUAUUAAAUCAAUUAGAUAUACUAUGUUUAAUAAAAAAAAAUAUACAAAACUAGUGUUUUCAAUAUUUGUAUUAAAGACUGAAAACACACACAGUUAUUGUGAAUGUAUUAUUACAUAUAUCUAAAUCACUAAGUAAUAUCUAUAAAAC